AUAUAGCCAUUGAUGAAUAUAAAACAUUGAUUGCAAGCGAGAAGAUUGUAAAGUUGUACAUAGACUGAAAGGGGGCGCAACUGUAGUUUACUAUAUACAAAUAUAGUAAGAUGAUUGAGAUGCAAUCAGAGUCAGUCAGUGUCCGCAUGACUCUUGGAUUAACCCCAGUAUUACAGUAAAACACUGCACAAAACAAGCAAUAGCAACUAUGCAGUCUCCCUUUGUCGUGAUACUGUUUCUCGCAUUCGCCCACCAUGCAACUCCUUUGUUCAGCUUUCAUGUCGGCUCAAGAGCCCCAGAAGACGUAGUAUUUCUGAAUUUGACCGAAACGUUCCAAAAGGAAAUUGGUAGGCCUACGUACUUCGUUAAAACCUACUCCGGCAACUCGAAGGAGCCGUAUGAAUUGACAAGUGUUAAAGUCACACCAGUGGGUCGCUACUGCUUGGCUUCCGCUGGAAUAGUAGCCGGUGGACCUGGACACUCGUUCUUUACUAUCGGCUACGCUAUGCCCAACAACCUGAUGGCCUAUGGGUUCAAUGUGAUUGCUUACAAGAGAAUUAAAACGUAGAAAAUGUUUAGAUUGUAGGAAAAUGUGCUAUGGAUAUUUUUACCACAAAAACUUUUAAUAAAAUUUGUACGAAUAUUUUUAACAAUGUAA